AUGGUAGCAGCCCUGGAUGUAACCAUGCAAGCUGCCUUCACAGUCUUCACUGACUGGUUCAGAUAUACAGAUGGCUAUGGACGCAGAUAUACAAGACCAAACGCUCUUGGCGAGGAACAUGGAGCUGUCGACCCUGUGCAAGUAGGGAAUGACUGCGAUGGCGAUUCGUAUGGAGAGGGAAUUACAGAUUUCGAAAACGCGCCAAAUUCAGCCUGUCAGGACAACACCUGCCCCUCUACUAGAUUUUACCUACUAUUCCCGGCCCAAGUACGCCGCAAAAUCCCCUGGGUGAAAGUUUUCACCGGCUAG